UGAACUUCAGCUUAUCGGUUGGUGUACAGAACUUUUCUUCGAUUCAGAGAAACUGCAUGGAUAGAAUGUUCUUGAAAAUAGAAUAGUGAACUGUGAACUGUGGUGAAUUUAACACAAUGGCCACAUGACAGAGGACAUAAGAUUGAACUUUGACUUCUUCUUGCUGAUUCAGCAACGGCUAUCAAUUUCUUGGAUCUACAUACAUUUGACAUAUGUACCAGUGUGGAUAUGUACCAAUAACGAAAUCAAAAGACAAUCAACUUCUUUCGAAUUGGAAUAGACCACUAAGGUGUUUCUUUCCUGCCAAGAGACAACUAUAGGCCAGACACUUUUCAUAAACGCAGCAGUCCGAAACAGUUUUCUCUGCAUUAUUCUCAAGUUUGGCGUCUCUAUUCACAGACAAAAGCUGACAGAGCGAGACAAUUAGAUUCAAAGGAUGCUACAGGAGGUACCAUUCAAUUCGACAAGUGAACAGGACUUUUGAAAAGUGCUGUGAAAAACGACUCGCAUUUUCUGUAGGGAAUUGCAGUCUUAAAAGCUGCAAUUGGAAGACUUUUUCUCCAGACAGAAUUCGUUCAACAAGGCAGGAUGAGCUUACUAUAGUGACUAAUUAACGCAGAGACAUUUUUUAAAGGAUAUUCAUGAGUGCAAUUAAUAGUUGACUGCAGUGUGCAAAAACAAGACCAGGAUAUUCUUAGCAGAAUCAUAAGUCGUCCUUUUUUCAUCGAUGUUUGGGAACACCACUAAAGGACCACCUGUGACCUUACCGUUCCGAAAGAAGUGCUGCAAUUCUGUCGGGUCUAAAAACUCCCAUCACUGACAUUCCAGUGGCAUCAAGGCAGCUGGCGGGAAAAAACACUGAAUCAAUUAACACGAGCCCUGCUUCGGUUUUGCACUCAAUUUCCCGAGAUUGUCACCCGAUAAUCUUCAGGAGUGAAAAACUCACCCCCACUUAUCUGCUCGAGCUGUGAAACCCGACACGUGUUUCAUUUUAAUUAAAAGCAUCGCAGAUUUUCUUCAAACCUCCGCCAUAAACUCGCAAUAAUUCACGAUGAUGGCUUCGAGCUACAUUGUUUUUGACGUAUUGCCUACGUGUAACGAGGUAUCACCUCAAGAAAUCCUCAGAUUAGCCGCCCUGAAACUCAACAAUACCACGCUCGAGCCAGAAGCUGCUUUCUUAAAGAACGUUGACCCGCAGCAUCACAUCCAUACGAACAACGAAUCGUGUGCGCUCUUCGUCGGUGCUGAACCGUCUCAGGCUACUAAAAUCGACAUCGACAACGUCUUGCUGCUGCUUCAGCAAUGGGUGAAACACAACCAGGAUCCUCGCAAAUCACAAACUGGCAUCGUUCCAGUCCCGGUCUUCAGUUCAAAAGGCAUAUGUGAUAUAUUCAUGGACACGAUCUCCAAGUACGAUAUCAGAUUGGAACUCGGACCAAAUCCGAUAAUUGUGCGAGACACGUACGCCAAACAUUUCUCCAUCGGAGCAGACGCGAUGCUCGGCACCAGGAGUAUCUACCACAAAUUACAGAUCAGCGAAGACGAGGAUAUCAGCGAGGAGAGUCCAUUUUUUAUGUUCAGACAUCGCGAUUUGAAGGUUUGUCGCAUGACGGCAAAAACUCUUAAGUCAUUGGUUGAAAUUCGGGCAGAUCUUGGUCUGGAUGAUGAAGAUGAAUAAUUUUCUCAUCUCUGAUCAUUUCCAAGUCGUAUGACUCUACUAAUGACGACAAACUGCAUAAUAAUCAUUAGAUCUGAGGCUGUGCUUUCGUGUAUAAAGUGCUGCAUACCGUGCCGGUAUUGAUUUGAGGUCAUUAACCUACGGGGGAUAGGCUCUGGGCAAAAUCCAAAAAGGUGAAACAAGAUUUUGGGGGCAAAGUAAAAAUGCUCUGAUCAGCCUACAAUGCUUUCUCUCAUUUGGAAGAAUAUAAGACUACAGGAUAGAUACAUGGAUAUAAGACUUGAGACUAUUGCCAUGAUAAUCGUCAAGCCAACUCGCUUGCCUGCAGGCAGGAUAACAUCACAAUGAACCCACCCAAGAAGGUACAGAUGAUUUUCGCUGCGGCAAAAAAACGAUGUCUGAUUGCAUUACAUCAAAGGUGUGCAGCAUGUGUAAUGAAGCAAUAAUUUGCGGUUAUCGUCUCAAACCAGUCCGGGAGGCAGUCAUCUUCGGUUGCCUAGCAAUCGGCGAUAAAUCAAUACCAAAUCAUGCCUGGAGGUGUAGCGUCCACGAUUACUUCAUGCGAUCUAUUGAGUCAAUGAUUGGUCCACCUGGAUGGUGGAAUGAUAUCGAAAUAAGGAUGACAGUAGUCAGCGUCCUGUGACAGUAGUCAGCGUCACAGGAAUUGAUUCCUGGUGUACUGACUUUGAUGUAAACCCUUUUAUUUUUGCGAUGACUGCAAAUUAAAGGGACACAAUGUUCGACAUAACAGUUUUACCCAAGGAAUAUGCAUCUGCUCGCUAUAUAUAGGUAGGAAUAUCAAAACCCUGUAUCUCAGGAUGGGUUACUGAUAAAGCUGAACUAAUACUCGUCUUACACUCACACCAAAACUGAGAAAAUGUACAUUCUCAUUUCCUGUUUAAAAGUCUGGUGCAGUUCAGUUAGCUAUGUAGAUUCCACCUGAUGAACAUGUGAACAAGAGGGUUCCAUGGAAGAGGCACAGAAAGGGCAUUGUAUCGCUCCUAGAAAUUCCCUUUUAAGGGUUAGUUAAUAAUCAUGUCAUGAUUUGCAUGCACAAUGUUAAAUGCAACAUCCCAUACACUCCGCAUUCAAUUUGCCUGUUGAAUUACAUGUAAAUUGAACAAAGGUACAUGAAGGUGUAGCCUUCAUGUCCAGCUGCAUCAAUAUUGGAAAUACCUGCAUGAUUACUAAAGAACUAUUAUGUCGACAAAGGACACGUGAAUAUACUCCCAUGAAAUUGAAACUGUAACUUGUGUACCAUUUUAACCAAAUGACUAUAUUGUUCAGAAAGUUCUGUAUUCUUC